UCCUUCUACCCCUUUGCUAAUUCUGGAAGAGAGAGAAUCUCAGCUUCGAGCUUGCGCCGGAGCUGAUCGACGGAGCAAGGCGGCUCUGCAAAAUCUUCUCCGGCCACCUCCCACCCCCAUCGCCGCCGUCUCCUCGAUCGCCGCAGCUCCCCCCCUCCCCGAAGAAUCCGCCGCCCCGAAAAGCUCGGAUCUUGAUCCCGACCCGGGAAGAGGAAAAUGGAUCUUGCUCCGGAAGAGCUGCAGUUCCUCACCAUCGCCGACGUGCUCCGGGAGUCCGUCGCCAUCCCACGGCGGUCCCCGAAGACCUUCUACCUCGUGACGCUGACCCUCGUCUUCCCGCUCUCCUUCGCCAUCCUGGCCCACUCCCUCUUCACCCACCCCAUCGCCACCCGCCUCCAGUACCCGUCCUCCGACCCGGCCCAGACCCGCCGCGAGUGGGCCCUCCUCCUCACCAUCCAGUUCUGCUACCUCCUCUUCCUCUUCGCCUUCUCCCUCCUCGCCACCGCCGCCGCCGUCUUCACCGUCGCCUCCCUCUACGCCGGCAAGCCCGUCUCCUUCCCCUCCACCCUCGCCGCCAUCCCCAGGGUCUUCAAGCGCCUCCUCGUCACCUUCCUCUGGGUCACCCUCCUCAUGGUCGGCUACAACGUCGUGCUCCUCGCCUUCGUCGUGCUCCUCCUGUUCUCCAUCGACACCCAGAACGUGGCCCUGCUGCUGUUCUCGUUUGUCGUGAUCUUCGUGAUCUCCGUGCUGUUCGUCGUGGUCCAUGUCUAUAUCACCGCGCUGUGGCACAUGGCGAGCGUGGUGUCGGUGCUCGAGCCGGUCUUCGGGUUCGCGGCGAUGAGGAAGAGCUACGAGUUGCUGAAGGGGAGGACCCGGAUGGCGGCGAUAUUGGUUUUCGGGUAUUUGGUGAUCUGCUUCGUGAUUAAUGUGAUCUUCAGUGCGGUGGUGGUGCACGGCGGGGACAGCCACGGGGUUUUCGGGAGGAUCGUGGUGGGCGGGUUCUUGGUUGGGGUGUUGGUGAUUGUCAACCUGGUCGGGUUGUUGGUGCAGAGUGUGUUUUACUACGUCUGCAAGAGUUAUCAUCACCAGGGGAUUGAUAAGACGGUUCUUCAUGAUCAUCUCGGUGGGUAUCUCGGCGAGUAUGUGCCGCUCAAGAGCAGCAUUCAGAUGGAGGACAUAUGAUUUGAUUGGCGAUGCUGGAUGGAUUUGUAAGUUUCUUUUUUUCCUUUUGGGUGCAUUCGGAAUGGAUGUAAGAUUAUUCUAGUGGGCUGUAAGUGGUUGUCUUGUGUUAUCCAAUAAUGGUAAUAAUCACGGAAAGUCCUGGUUUCCAUACCAGCUACCACUUGGUCUCGGUUUCUUUCGUGUUUUAGUAGGUUAGUGGCAGGUUCAAUCAGAGAAUGUCAGUUGUCUUAUGGAUGAAAACAUGUAUACCACGAUGUUAGCAGUUAACAGAAAAUGGAUAGUAUAUGUCGGUUUUAUGUACUUCCCUGUGGUGUCUGUUAAUUUGAUAUGGUGUUCGGAGUCUGUUCUCUGUUAUGUUUUAUGUUACAAAUCUUACCUUUUCUGCUGCCCAA